CGCGUCAUCUUAUGUUCCGUUUUAAUGCUGGAACGUUGUGAAGAUUCAGGAAGUUGUAAAUUUCUCUGUUGUGUGAUGUCAUACAGGAGUCUAAUGCAGUUCACGAAUUAUCUUGCGAGAGCGCCUGCAAACAUCCUCGACGAAACCGCCCCGAAGCCUAGAAAAAUGCACAUGCGAUGGAAUAAUUUCGACAAGCAGCAAGCGACUAACAGGGCAAACAACAAGUCCUCAAAGGUAGACGAAUAUGACAUGAAUUACGAUGGUGCGAGUAACAAGUCGGUAAACAGCGAUCUAUACCAAGCGGUGUUCCCGAUCUAUCACCUCAGCAAACUGUCCGGUGUAUUUCCAACGAGAUUUGUCAAACUGGCAUGUGGCAGAUAUCAAGGUCGAUUGAGUGGUAUCGACAGCGUUUACAGCCUAUUCCUGUUGAUGUGUCUGAUUAUCGCCGGGAUCUGGGGCUUCUGGCACGAUCUGAGGGACGGAUGGGAGCACAGCACCAGAUUAAAGUCGCAGAACACGGUGAUCGUCACCAGCAGUGAUGUGGCGGGUGUGAUGAGCCUCACCGCCGCUGCCAUCGUCGGCUCAAUCCUGCGCUGGAAGCAAGUGCAAACUAUUAUCGAGAAGCUGGUCGAGUGCGAUGAGAAGCUGGGAAUCACCUCACUGGAAGACUGGAGGAAGACUCGUAGGCACACGAUUCUUUUGACGCUGAGUAGCGUCUUCUACUCCAUCACCAUCUCCUCCCUGGACAUUUACACGUGGCAUUACGAAGUGAGGCUGAGCAAGAAUCUGAACGAUAAAGGCCCGAUUAAUUACCUGCCGCUGUAUUUUAUGUACAUAGUCAUCAUGAUGAUGGAAGUCCAGUACGCCAUCGCCGUGUACAAUGUCAGCCAGAGAUUCCUCAGGCUCAACACGAGCCUCGAGAACAUCCUGAAGAGCGGCAGGAUCACGGAUCAGUUCAGGAAGGAUCUUGGAUUAGCUAACUAUCUUCGAGAUCAGGGGCAGCUCGUUGCAUACAUCCGACACACAGAAUUGGGAAAUGCUCGAAUCCGGAAGUCGAAGGUCUUGGACUCCUCCGCUGCGAAUGAUGGCAAAAGCUUCACGGACAAUAUAUCCCAAUUGGUGACGGUGCACGCGCUGCUGUGCGAUGCGGUAGCGCUCAUAAAUACCGCUUACGGCGUCGUUACCCUCGUAAUUACCAUCACCUGCCUGAUACAUCUGAUCAUUACGCCGUAUUUUCUGAUAAUGGAAGCCGAUGGAAGGCGUGAGCCGCUGUUCCUUGCGGUACAAGGUCUGUGGUGCAUCUUUCACGUUUGGCGGUUGCUAAUGAUCGUGCAGCCCACGUAUUCUGCUACGGCCCAGGCAAAGAAGACGGCGGUUUUAGUCAGCCAGUUGCUGUCUGCAAAUUACGACAAGGAGGAAGAUAGGAAACAGUUGGAAAUUUUUUCGUUUCAACUCUUGCACCAGCCGUUGGAGUUCUCAGCGUGCGGACUCUUCACCCUGGAUCGAACCCUCGUGACUUCGAUCGCUGGCGCCGUCACGACGUAUCUCGUGAUACUCUUACAAUUUCAGAGAGACGACGACACGAAAGGUAACUUUAAUAAUAUCCUGAAGAACGCCACGCAGAUACUGAGAAACGCGUCACUCACAACAGGAAAAUUAGGCUUAAAUUAGAAAAGAAAAACCUGUGCUUUUUCAUAGAUUUUCUUCUUUUCUGUUGAUAUUUUCGACCUCUCUCUCUCUCUCCUAUAAUAAAACUUUUUAAAAGUUAAUACACGUCUCCGAUUUAUUUGUAAAAUAUCCAUGAUCGAAAGAUUCGAGUCGAGACGAAUGUCCAACCCUCCAAUGUACAAAGAUGCUGAUUCGCGACAUAUCAGAGGGCUAAAAACGAUAGAAACGAAUAAAAUCAAAUAGAGAACACACAAAUAUUGUAACACGUUCGGUGCGAGAACCAAUUCCUUAACUAAGUAAAUAACAUUUACAAGAAGAAGCUAAUACAAUUGUGAACAUCUUUUCUUUACGGAUAUGUCUAAUGCGUGUGUGUGAUAAUAAGAAAGGAUCAGAGUGGGGUAAAAUAUGGGGGGGGGGGGGGUCCUGGA